AUGACGUCAAUGUUUAAAACGGCUCGACGAUCAGCGGUUCAAAGAAAGAAAAUUCUAAGGGUAGUAAUGGUUUGUGAUGGUCGUAGUGGUAGUAGUAGUGAUGGUAAUGGUAGUGAUGGUGGUAGAAGUAGAAGUGGUGGUAGUGGUGAUGAUAGUAGUUGUGGUGGUAGUAGUGGUGGUAGUAGAGGUAAUAGUGGUGAUCGUGGUAGUGGUGGAAGUUGGAGGGUAAUGAUAGUAGUAGUAGAAGUUAAAGUGGUGAUGAUAGUAGUACUAGUGUUUGUGGUGGUAGUAGUGGUAGCUGUGUUGUUAGUGGUAGUAGCGGUAGUGGUGGUGGUAGCU